UUCCCUGCUGCCUCUCUGCCUGCCUCUCUGCCUGCCUCCUGCCUGCUGCCUCUCUGCUGCUUCCCUGCUGCCUCUCUGCUGCUUCCCUGCUGCAUCUCUGCCUGCCUCUCUGCCUGCCUCCUGCCUGCUGCCUCUCUGCUGCUUCCCUGCUGCCUCCCUCCCUGCCUGCUGCCUCCCUCCCUGCUCCGCAUUGCUCUGCAGUUACCCUGAGCUCGUGCUGGAGAGAGUGUGUGGAGUGUGAGUGUGUGUGUACUAUCAGCAGGACAGGAGGAGAGGAGGAAAGGAGCACGCUGUCCUGCUCUCGUUUGUUGUUCCAUUCUGCUCUAGUUUUUGUUCUCUGUCCAUUCUGCUGUUGCGUUGCCGUGGAUCAGGGAGGGGAAGAUGAGAUGAAAGAGCCAGGUGAGGAGGAAACACAGGAGCAUCUCUCUCUCUCUCCACCUCUCUCCCUUUCUUCCUCUCUCUCUCUCGCUCUCUCUCUCUCUCUCUUUCUCUCUCUCUCUUCCUCUCUCCCUUUCUUCCUCUCUCUUUCUCUCUGUCUCUCUCUCUGUCUCUCUGUCUCUCUCUCUAUUCCUCUCUCUCUCCCUUCCUCUCUCUCUCCCUUCCUCUCUCUCUUUCUCUCUCUCUCUCCCUCUCUCUCUCUCUCUCUCUCUCUCUCUCUCUCUCUCUCUCUCUCUCUCUCUCUCUCUCUCUCUCUCUCUCUCUCUCUCUCUCUCUCUUCCUCUCUCCCUUUCUUCCUCUCUCUUUCUCUCUUUCUCUGUCUCUCUGUCUCUCUGUCUCUCUCUCUAUUCCUAUCUCUCUCCCUUCCUCUCUUUCUUUCUCUCUCUCUUCCUCUCUCUUCCAUCUCUUCCUCUUUCUCUGACGUGGUAAAACGUGUAUGUGAGUGAAUGAGUGAGUGAAUGAGUGAGUGAAUGAGUGAGUGAGAGAGUGAGUGAGCGAGUGAGUGGGUGAGUGAGUGAGUGAGUGAAUGAGUGAGUGUGAGUGAGAAAGAGCAAAAUCGGUCCACUUCCCUCAUCCAAGCAGACAGUGAACCUGGAGAGGAAAGGAGCAGCCCGUCUCCACACUAACUAUUAAAGAGUCCAACCUCUCCAACUAGAAACCUCUCAACAUCACUAAGGACGCAGCGUUCCUUAUGAGCAGCGAUAUAAAGAGCUGUACCUAUCGGGAUCGUUGUUAGAGGGUCCGUCCCAUCUUUUCUCCUACCACUACAGAGGCCCAUCUCAUCUACAGUCCAGACUUCCAGCAUCUAGUGUUGGGUUACCUGGUGCACAACCGGACUUUGUCUCUGGAAUUAAAAGUGGGACUUUGCCAGACUUCCACCAGCCAAGGGUGGCCUUUCUAGCUCUACCUGCCCCAGACAGACAGUACCACCACCACCUGAACAUCUGUUGCUAAUCCCCAACCCAGUCCCCAGUUCCUCAGCCCAAUCCCACUGCAGGGGAGGAUGGGUAAUGGGCCUUUGAGUCUCCCUGGCCUCUCUCCUUCCGUCUCUCUCAUCCUCGCAUGGAGCCUCCUUCUGACACCUCCAGUUCCCCCUGGAACACCUCCACCUCCCUCUCCAGACCUCCAGGGCCAUGGCUCCCAGCCCUCCCAGUCUCGCUGCACCCCAACGUGAGUUUUCCUGUGGGCAUCGGCGCCAGCGGCGCCCCCCUAUCCCUGACCCACUCCCUGGCCCUGGUUGCCAUGCUCCUCAUGGACCUCCUGGCCGUCAUUGGCAACCUAGCCGUCAUGGCUGUCAUCACCAAGACGCUGCAGCUGAGGAAGUUCGCCUUCGUGUUCCAUCUGUGUCUGGUUGACCUGCUGGCGGCUCUGGUUCUGAUGCCUCUGGGGAUGCUGUCGGACCGGAUCUUGGUGCAUGAUGAGGCACUCUGUCAGAGCUACCUCUGCCUGAGUGUAGGGCUGGUCAGUGCCGCCAUUUUGUCUAUCUCUGCCAUCAACGUGGAGAGGUAUUACUACAUCGUCCACCCGAUGCGCCACGAGGUGAAAAUGACAGUAGGGGUGGUUGUGGCAGUGUUAGUCGGUAUCUGGGUCAAAGCUAUUGUGAUGUCAGCUCUGCCUCUACUGGGUUGGGUGCCCCAGGGAAACCAGGGGGUAGGUGUCGGACUUGGAAGAGGACUAGGGAGUCCCGUGAUCCCGGGUCCUCCAAGCCAGAGACGUUGCUCCCUACACUGGACUGGAGGAGGAGGGACCACACGAUUAAUCUUCAUGGUCUUCUUCACCUUUGUCUACUUCCUGUGUACAGUACUGAUCAUCCUGAUUGUGUACUGUAACAUGUUUAAAGUAGCCCGGGUGGCAUCCAUGCAGCAUGGCCCCUUACCUAUGUUGAUGGACACACCUGGGCCCCGCCCUCACCACUCCGAGUCCCUCAGCAGCCACUCCACCAUGGCUGUCAGCUUGGGGGGCCCUGGGGGCUCGUGUCCUCCACUCCGCACCCCCAGUCAGAGGACCUUCAAUGGGGGUAAAGCCGCAGCAGUCCUGGUGGCGGUUGGAGGCCAGUUCCUAU